GAUUCCAACCGAUCCUUGGACACAAAGAUUAAAACCUUCACUCACUCUCUCACUCUCUCUGUUUCUCUCACUUGUUCUUAGCGAAUUGUUAUUUUUUCUAGUUUUCUUUUUAAUUGUGAAAUUUAAUUAAUCAACUAGACGACAAUUAACACCGGAAUCAUUUAUCUCUGAAAUCAACAACAUUCACCAUGAAAGCGAUUCAAUUUUACAAUCAACUGAAUGACAGGGGCUGCCAUUGGAACGACUGUACGCUCUUAAUGCCCGCUGUAUCUGUCGGCAAUGUUGGACAAUUAGCCAUCGACCUCUUGGUUACUACCUUGAUCUACGAGCGAAAGGCUCGACUGGUUGGAAGGAUCUUUUCAACGGCUCUUAAAAGUGUCUCUGGUCCCAAUGCUUACCAAUUCGGAGAUGAUUGUCCAAUUAUGACAACUUGUGAAGUUUACGAAUCCAUUGAGUAUAAAUUGGUGAUCAUUCAAUUACGAGCUCCACCUUAUAAGCAACGUCGAAAACAAUUUGUCGAGGAAUUAACAAAAUGGAUUAAAGAGGAACAAUUUAAAUUGACUGUCCACUUAUCUUCGAGUUUUUCUCAAUUUUUAUCACCUGAUGCUUUCAAUUCGUCGAGUUCACCUAAUGUCCAAACUAAACUUCCAGUUCGAUACUUGGCCACUCAAUCACUUAAGGAAAAUAACCCGACCACUUUUUUUGAACAAUUAAAACUAAUUGAGCUGAAAGUAAAUUCUGAUGAUAGUGAAGAUCAUGAUCCAAGUCUUACCGAUCUCAUUGGAAGUGGAUUAACUAAAUCGCUUUUUCAACAUUGGCAAAAUGAAAAUAUCAAUGGUAUUUUUUUCGUCAUUUUCUGUUCCGAAGGUGAUAAUACCCCUGAAGCAAUUGAAAUUAUGGAAGCUGCUAAUAAAUUGAUUAAAGUUAAAGAGACUUUAAUUGAAACUGGUAAACCAAUGAAUCGCUGGAAAACACCAAUUUCAUGGAUGAAUCUAUUCGGAGGAUCAAUUCCAGCAAAUCUUUUCUAAUGGAAAAUGAUCAGUCACAAUUAAAACUAUCAAAAUCAAAUUAAUUUCCACCAAUAACCGAUAAAGAAGAUUAAAUGUCCACUAUUUUAAUGGAAAAGUUUUAUAGAGAAACAAAAAUUACCAAUAACAACAAUUAAUUCUCGAUCCAAUUCAUGGUUCUAACAGCAACAAUUAACAGUAUUCCAAUAACACUGGGAUACAAAUCAUCGGAAAUUAAAUUUAACUGAGAAAACAGAUUUUCAUCAAUUGAAAUAUUGAGUAAACAAAAUUAAUUGUUAUUCCAUAUUUGCUAAAUUGUGAUAAUACAACAAUCAAAGAUCAACAAUUUUUUGAAAAAUAUUUCAAUUACAAGCAAAGAUCAUAACCGAAAUAUAUUAUUAGACAAUUAAUUGUUAAUUUACUAUUUAAAGAAUUAGUUUGUUACAAUUUACUACGAAAAUUUGUAAAUUUAACUAAACUGAAUUUCAUACAAUUGAAAUGCUUCAGAUCGUAACUUUAAACCAAACAUCAAGAUUAAAUAUUAUACGAACUACGAAAUUGUAAUUGUUGCUGAGGUGAUAAUAUUAAAUUUACUCAUUUAAAAAGUAAACAA